GCGGCUAAGGAAUUGCCUGAGGCAUUUCGAGCUGUCCUGCUUCAAGGAGUCUGGGACAAGUUAAUCCUUAAUCUGCCAACAAUGGCUGAUUCUGAAGUGUCAGAGUGGUUUGGGACUCGGCUGUCUUCAAGCAUCUUGCCGGGCAUCACAGCUGCAGAUGUCGCCUCCAUUCCUGUAUCAAUAAGCUGCCCUGGCUUUCUCGAGCAUAAUCUCUGGUUUAAACGGAGUCUAUGCCAAACUUAACGACACCAUCAAAACAGCGGUGGUGACCAAAAUCAAGGAAUUUGUGAAAUCAUCUGCUAGUUGCCCAAUUGAUAGCACCCAACUGAUAACAGGGUACUUUAUGGCAUUCACGAAAAAUAUCACCUAUGCCGAAAUCGUUGAUGUUUUACCAUCAUUUGACGCCACACAAGUUCUCAGUUCUCUCACUGUCGUGCAAUUGGCCGAUUACGCUGCCACAGACAAUGUGCUGAAUAACACAGCCAAACUGAAUCGUACCUUGAACACAUUUAACUACGAUACGCUUGGGCCAUUUUUGGACGAGUUCAACGUGAAGGCAAAUGGAAAGACGGUGCCCAAGGCUUCCCAAGAUGUUCUGAUGCAAUUUGCCUGGCUCUUUUUGGGUCCCACCCUGCCCACACUGUCCGACGAGGACGUGAGGAAGUGGUUUGUGGCCAGGCUCUCUCCACACGUUCUCCCCGGCACCAGCAACGUAGACGUGGACACAAUCCCCGUGUCACUUUCCUGCCCGGCUUUCACUACCAUAGUUGGGAGCUUGAGUGCCGUCUAUUCUCAACUCAACGAGACCGUUAAACCACAAAUGGUUAAAAAGAUCAAGAACUUUGUGAAGCCAGCUGUCGCCAGUUCCAAGUGCACACCUGCCAUAACGAGCAGCAAUCUGCUCACUGAUUAUUUUGGGAAAUUCAGAGACAAUGCCACGGAUGCUGAUUUCAAGGAAGUCUUACCUUCAUAUGCUGCGAUCGCUAAUCCGAAGGAGCUGGGAGACUACGCUGCGACGGACACCGUGCUGAACGACGCCCCCAGCCUGGCAGCAAUCUUCCCCAAACUCACUGACCUCAACGCUCUCGGACAGUUUCUGGACGAGUUCAACCUUAAGGCGGCAGGAAAGACGGUGCCCAAGGCCUCUCAAGCCGCCCUCAUGCAAGGGGCCUGGAACAACAUGAACAGGAGCUCCGCCGUGAAAUCCUUCAUCGAUGCGGACGUGAAGACGUGGUUUGUGGACCGGCUGUCUCCACUCAUCCUGCCGGGAAUCACGGCCGCCAACGUGGCUGAUCUUCCGCUCGCGAUGAACUGCGAUAACUUUGAUUUUCUUGUUGGAAAACUGGAUGCUGGGUUGAGCAGUAACGAUACCAAACAGGCGACUUACCAGUGGAUAAUAAGUUAUCUAACUAAAGCCAAAACAGGAACGCCGCCACCAUGCUUUGCAAAUAAGAACAGCUGGAUUGUUGACAACAUGGGGCAGUCUUUCCUGCUCUCGAAGCUAUCUGACUUUAACGGGUUUGUCCAAGACACCACACAGCGGAAAACGUUUGUUGUCGACGCCAGCACGCUGAAGCUGCUCGAGACACCGAACAACAUGGACAUGGAGUUGAGGCGCUACUUGGUGCAGAUGAUGAACGAGAGCAGUUUGCCACUUUCCAGCGUGCCGAAGCCACUUCUGUGCACGUACGUUGGAGAAUAUGGCAGCAGCCUCCCAGUUGCUUCGUUUGUAGGUUUGGAGAGUUAUCUCAGCAACUGUUUGAAUUCCAUCACACUUCCCAGAGAUAAAGAAAAGGUUUCAUUGAAUCUUCUGACCACAUACACAGACUUGCAACCAGCCUCGAUACAAAAUCUGGGAUCAGCAGUCGUUUACGCUCCUUUAAAUGCCAUCGACAAGAAUCUGAGCAGCACCAACGCUCUGCUGGUGCUGGGCACUCUCAGCAACCAAACAGGAUGGAACCCGGGACAGGCACAAAACAUCGUGAGGAAACUGAAGGCUGCGAACUUCAACCUGAACAAUGCAGAUGCCCUGACCAAGCUGGGGGGACUGGUGUCUGGAGUACCAAGCAGCACCUUCACCAAUCUGGACUCGAAUCAGCUCCUAGCCUUUGCGACAAAAAGCAACCCCGAUAACGUUGCGACCAUUCCUGAUGGUGUCCAGUCGGUUAUCGUCAACAAGCUGUUGAUAAAGCAACCUAUGGCGCAACUGAUGAAUAGUCUUCCGCCAUCGUUGCUAGCCCACAUUCCCGCAGAUAGACUGCAGGUUGUGAAUAAUUUGAUGCCCAAGGACCUUGCGAAAGGGCAGUGGUCAGAAGGACAGGCUCUGGUUUUGGUCGGCAACAUGGUGAAGACUCAGACCGCAAACUGGACCGAAAUAAUUCGCACCGCCCCGAACCUGCUGCCUGGAUUUCAGUGCAGUGACCUCACGGGUGAAGAAACUGCGAAAUCCUUCGUGACCCUAAUUUCCGCAAACGGCGGCUCGCUCUCUCCAACUCAGGCGAGCUGUUUGGCCAGUGGCCUCUCAUCCGUGGAUCUGGAUCAAGAUGUCCCCAGUUCAGUGCUCAUAUAUGUGGACGCCAAAAAGUUUACCAUUGAGCAACCGGCGUGUGUCCCAUUGUUCACGAGCCUGGGCAAGGCCGACAUCAACAAGCUGCCCAAAGACAAGUCGAGGACCAGUCUGCUGACCAGGGCCCUGUCGUGCCUGAAUAAACCGACAGGGCUGAGUCUGACGGCGAGUGAUGUAGCAGUCCUGGGGAAUCUGUCGUGCGAGCUGAGCGGUGAACAGAUUCAGAGCGCCGACAUCGGCAUCCUGGACAAUCUCAAGCAGUGCAAGGUCUACACGGCUGCUCAAGCCACCAGCAUCGAGGCUAAGCUCAUCUCAAAAUAUGGCGCAUCAUACACGUGGACGUAUCAGAACCUCCGGGACAUGGGCGACAUGGUGACCACUCUCUCCAGCAACACGCUCACUGGCAUAACAUCAACCACGGCGCUGGGCGCUCUUAUUGAAUACGUGACCGCACAGACACAGGUGAUGGACGUGACGCCAGAGCGACUCCGCUUCUCUCCCGACCUGACAAAUAUCCAAGCGAGGUUGAAAUCGCAGUCCGGCACCAGCGGCAGACGGAAGAAGCGCGCCACUUGUUCCGGUGCCCAGCUGACCCGGCAGGACAUCCUCAAACAAGGCCAGGCGCUGGCACAGAUGAGCACAGCAGACUUGGGUGGCUGUAUCUCGGACGCCGUGUUUAUCGAGAGCGUGGACGACCUCGGCAAGCUCAACUUCUCCUCCGAUCAGCUGGCUGUCUUCAAGGCGAAGAUCAAGUCGGUGUUCAAGUGGCCGACAUCCACGGACACGUUGGCCAACAUCGGCAACUUGGCAUUGGCGUUCACUCCUGCCGAGAUCCAGGAGCUUGACCUCAGCAGCAUCGACUUGGUGGGGAAACUUUCCAAGACGCAGGGUUGGAGCGCAGACCAGAUCCAGGCCGUAACGAAAAAUUUCAUGAAUGGGAAAACCAUAGCUGGAUUGACGGCAACCGACCUUAGGUCUCUCGGCGUUUUCGUGACCGGUCUCUCGGACCUUUCAAUUUUGGAUCCUGCAGCCUUCAAGGACGCAGCAGAGGCACUUGGAAGCAUUGACAAGUACAGCCUUCCUCAGCUCCGGACACUCUGGAAAAAAGCGAAUGACUCAUUCCAAAGGACCCCUUCACAAUGGGCAACUGGGACCAUCUCACAGUUGGGAACGAUUGUCGCUGGAGCAAGCGCUGACGACAUCAACAACUUGACGUUGGCACAGAAAGCUGAGAUUAAACCAGCGGCCAUCCCUCUCAUCCCGCUAGAAGUGUUUUCGGCUCUCAGCCCGGAGACAAUUAGAGCACUUGGAUUCUCGAGUUUGAUGUCCAUCACCACCCAGCAGUACAACUCCCUGAGCCCGGCUGCUCGGGACAUCCUGAGCACCCGCUUUCCGAACACGUUUCUCACGUACAUCAUCCUACCCUCGGCCGGCCCUGGACUCGUCAACGUACCACCCUCUGCGGUCGCAGCUGCCCAAGGUCUGCAUAUGGCCGUAAAAACGCUGGUGGCUGUGAUGGUGUUGCCAUCUCUGUGUCUGCUGUUGGCAUAAAAGAGCCUUGCAACAACAAAAAAACCCGCAUGUGAAUCAAAAUACACCGCAACACACACGAACUCCGACACUCUUAAUCAUCUGGAUCUGAACUGACACACUCUUUGCACAUCAAUCUCAAUACGUGAACCUUAAAGCUACACACAACCCUUCUGAAAUACAAUAAUACUGAAGUCUUCUAACAAAAUGACUAAACCCGUAGCUGUACUGUACUUCUAUGUUCCCCCUCCUUCACCAACCUGCACUGAGCAGUGUGCUGACGUCUGGUGAAACGGCUCCUAUGACCAGCACAGCAUUGGAAGGGCCUCUUUCAGAAGUGAAUUGUCGAAAGGGCUGUAAGUACACAUCGGUGGAACCUGCUGAUUAAACCUGACCCCUGCUCUACGUUAUGGUUUUGCAGAAACACCAACCCCUGUUUAUGGAACUCACACCUUCCCAUUUCAUAACCCACGCUUUCCCCAAACAUCCAAACAUCGUCCGUUAUAUCCCCAGGAAGCUCAGCCACCCUCACACAUUUUCUCUCGUUUUUUUACGUUAAAGGUUUUUGGUCGUAAAAAUAUACUGAUUUAAUCAUACUCGGGAUUAUAAAUGAAUCUGUAUUUGGGUAAACUACAAUAGGGGAUAUUCAUUACCUCCGAGGAGCACGGUUGGCUACGUACGGUGCGAAAGAAGUUCUACAACACGUUGCAAAAGUCUGUGCUCAGGCAGUGGCGGCUCGUGACGUUUCCACGAGGUGGGGCUGUUGUGAGUGGCCUCUGAUAAUAUGGUGGUCUAAUUAACAAAAACAUCGUCAUCUUAAUGACCUUCCCGUGAAAGUGAUAUAACUGUCUUAUCUACCAACGGUAGGCAUUUAUAAACAAUACGAAACAAAAUAACAAAGCACUCAAAUGCUGUCUCCAUGCCUCUCAAGUGCACACUCCACAACCCCUUUCACACUGCCUCCUAGAGCGUGCAGGCCGUGACCUGCUAUACUUGCACAGCGCAACCUCGCGUUGUGACAUCGUCUCAUUACAGCCAUGGGCGCCUUUUUCAACCGCCCUGAAUGGGUCUCUGACGGCGUGGCUACAAUGCUAGAAGCUAAUCGCAAUGAACGAAGAGAAAUCUCUCACUCGGCCACCCCGAGACCUCCACAAGGCACAAAUCAGACUGUGGUGUCGCAGCGUUUUCUGAUACGAGCAACCUAAAAUGUUAUCUUCAUUAGGUAAUUCACGUUGAAAGAAUCAUUAUAUUAACUUUUUUUUUUAAACACGACAAAACUUUAUCCAAAAGUUUAUUUUUUAUUAGAAAAAUAAUUUCUCAUCUCCAGCUGCUUGGUUGGGGCGGCGCCCCCACGCCCCGAGUGGACGAACCGCCACUGUUGUGUCUAAAAUGAUCACGGACCUCGGCGUCUGCAUGCCUCUGGUUAGAAGAAUAUAAUUCGGAGCAGGUGUUUCAUCUGAGCUGUCGAAGGCACGGCGAUCAAAACUUACACAGCUCCGACAUUGACAGUUUCCCGUAAAACGCAAGGGACCGUAUCGACCGUAUCGAGUUACGUUGAAAAGUGUACAAAGUAAUAAAUAACUUUACCCUCAUCGAUAGCUCUCCGAUGUGUUUCCGGCUGGUAACCGCGUAUAAUUCGGCACGAUACCUGAUGUUUCACUGCACGCAUUGCGAGCUUCUUCCAGGAACUUCACAAAUUCCUCACUUCACGUGGAGUGAAGCGUCAAGGCAUCUCUGCCAAACGACACGCGGUAUAACCUUGAAAAAAAACCACAUCAGAGAGUCGGACGGCGCAAUAAGGAAAAACCUACGCGGUCGUAUCGCCUUCAUUUGCCUUCUGCUCAGCACGUCGUUACCUAUGAAAUCAGCCACUAACGUUGGUGCUUUUAAAAGCUGUCACUCAGACCUCUUCUCGAUAAAUAGCCAGUGGAACAAAAACCACCCGUACCUUGAGGAUUUGGCACUGCCUCGGCUCGGAUGUGUCAGUGGAAAAGGGGAUAUGCUCGUUCAAUCGCUAUUGCCAGUUUCGUUGUCGCAGGCAACCUCACCUCGCCUUGACCCUUCAGCAUCUGCAAUACCGCUGUUGGCCUUCACAACCAAACCGCGUGCUGUUUACCCUGCUGACCAUUCGUGACUUCGAUGCUUAAUGGCCGUAACGGAACGGUUGUUGAUCGGUGCGUUUUUCUCGGUUAAAAACUGGAAACACCUGGCAACGCAUUCAUGCCAACGCUUGAAUACAUUGCCCGCUUCCAAGUUUGAUGCACUCGUGCCAGAGAGCUAUUGUCAUAAUGUGCUUUUGUCAGAUCAUUAGUCAUGUCGAAAAAAGAAUCCCCCCCAACGUGUGGUCCAUUGUAUACCCACACUCUAAACUACAUAUAUAUAUGCUGUCUGUGUAUAGGUGAUGAUUUUACGUGAUGCACAUAAUGAAGUAGAGCAAAUCUGAUGUGUGUAUAAUGAAAUAUCUUGCAUGAAUUGGUGAUUAUGUUCAGUGAAUUUAUGAAUAAAUUUCGUAUGCUACCC